AACUGCUUCUCGUACUUCUUGUAUUCGCUUAUUUUACACCGGUGCACACCGAAAGCGGCCCAGCUGGGCGGAAUUCAUAUUCUGCAUUAAAACUGGCUGCACGGUGAUCUCCUUCGGUGCCGUUUACUCAACUUUAAACCUCUCCUCAGCUUUUCAGCUGCACAGGUAAGGACGAACAGGAGGCUCGGAGGACAGUUUAUCACUCAGAUUUGGAUUUUACAAAUCCUUUGUGUUUUGGACACUUCCAGCGGUCUCUGUGACAUCAGUCUGCUCAGGUGCGCACAGCUUCAGCAGAGCUAUCCUGUCUUCGCCUUUAAAUCCUUUAAUCAUGGCACUGACUGGGAUUAGAGUUAUUGAGCUGGCAGGCCUGGCACCCGCGCCAUUCUGCGGCAUGAUCCUGGCAGACUUUGGCGCCAAGGUGAUCCGUGUGGACCGUACCAAAGUUCCUAUGUCUGUGGACACACAAGCGCGGGGGAAACGAUCUGUGGCCAUCAACCUCAAGAACACAGAGGGUAUAGCUUUGCUCCGGAAGCUCUGCGUACAGUCUGAUGUGGUCCUGGAGCCCUAUCGUAAAGGUGUGAUGGAGAAACUUGGCCUUGGUCCACGUGAGCUGUUAAAGGAAAAUCCUCGCCUGAUCUAUGCUCGCUUGACCGGAUAUGGUCAGAGUGGGUCUUAUGCCACCGCGGCUGGGCAUGACAUCAACUACCUCGCCUUGUCAGGCCUUUUAUCGCGUCUGGGUCGCAGCGGAGAGAAGCCCUACGCUCCACUGAAUCUGUUAGCAGACUUUGGAGGUGGCGGUCUUACCUGCACUCUGGGGAUUGUCCUAGCGCUCCUGGAGAGGACAAAGUCAGGGAAAGGACAGAUCAUUGAUGCUAGCAUGGUAGAAGGCGCUGCAUACAUGGGUUCGUUUGUAUGGAAAUCUCGCAGUAUUGGUUUGUGGAACCGUCCUAGAGGAGAAAACAUGUUGGACAGCGGAGCACCCUUCUACGAUACCUACCAGACUUCAGAUGGCAAGUACAUGGCUGUUGGUGCCAUUGAACCUCAGUUCUACAGACAGCUGCUUAAAGGCUUAGAGUUGGACGCUGGAGAGUUGCCUCCUCAGAUGAGCUUCAGUGAUUGGCCAGAGCUCAGACAAAUCUUCACAGAGCGUUUUUCCUCAAAGAGCCAGGCGGAGUGGUCAAAGAUUUUUGAUGGGACUGAUGCCUGUGUUACACCUGUGUUGCUUUUCGACCAGGUGAGCUCACACCCACAUAACCAGGAAAGAGGCUCUUUCAUGAAGGACUCCAGCGGGGAAGAAAGCCCCCGACCAGCCCCGGUUCUGUCUCGGACUCCUGCUGAGCCGUGCCUCACUUCGGACCCUGCUAUAGGAGAACACACAGCGGAGGUCCUGCAGGAGUUCGGCUUCACAUCUGCACAGAUAGACCAGAUGGUUGCAGGGGGGGUCAUAGAGUGUAAUGCUAUAAAGGCAAAGUUGUAAACAGUCAAAGCAGUCAAGUCAUAAGUGUAUUUUAAAACCGCACAGUUGCAAAGCCUUUGAAGAUUUUUGUUGCAACAAAUUGAAGGAAGCAGUAAUUAUCCGUGUCAUACAAAUGCUGGAUAUUAACAACUUGUUUGAACAAAUAAACAAAACUAAAUGCAGAGCACGUUUGAGUGGUUUACACUACGAUCUGCCAUUCAGAUCAGAGCAAACACAGCUGUGUGAGAAACACAAUAAAAAGGAAACUAAUUAUUUUCUUUUCAUGAGCUAGAAUUUCAAACUUGGGAACCUGAACUAUCUCUUAACAUUGUCCUUUUAAAUCUAAUUUCCAAGGCCACAGGAAGCUGCUGUGUGCUGUGUGUAAACAAAGAUUUUACUAAUGCACUUCUGUGUGUCUCUUCUGUGUGUCUUGAUUGGCCAAGGCAUCCUCAGAAUAUUUGGAUUCAGUAUGUUCAUCAGUUUGUCAAUAGCUGCUAAUUUUAAUAGCUGCAUUCAUUGUUUUUUUUGGUUAUUUUUGUUGUGCUACUGUUGCCUCCUGAGUGUUUCACAUUAGAAGAAAAAACAUUCUUGUGAAGCACAACUACUCAUAAACUACUGAUGUCUGAUAAAUUAUCCAGCUCAGGGUCAGCAGUGGUCAUACAUAGCAAAAGAGGUUUGUCUACGUGUCCUGAAAGUUCAGCAGUGCUCCCACAAGAGCUUCUGAUUGUUGUGUACUAAUUGUGUACUAAUUCUGACACACAGACUGUCUAGAAAAAAUGGUUGUAGCCAGAUAUGAUAUACCCACUGAAAUCGCCUUUUCAAGAGAGAUUCAAAGCACACCCUGCUUUAUUUUAUUCUAAAUGACUUACAGAAGGAAUGUCAAGCUGUGUUUUCUGAAGUUUUCUAUUAGCAGUAGAUUUUACAGUUUGCCUUCAUUUGGCAUCCAGAGGAGUCGCUCCAUGCUGGCAGUUUGGAAGAGUGCACUUCUAAGGUACUCCCACACUGGCUUUGAAACCCGUAUCUAGAGUCUGUGUGUCUAACAUACACUGGAGCCAAGUUUUGUGUUGCACUUACUGUAAAUGUCAAUCACAGGUUUCAUGCAGUUUUGGGAUUCUCUGAAAAAACAUUUCAGAAACAGGAGAUGUAAGGCCUAUAAAGUAAAAGUAGGAUUACUGUCUCUGUUAUGUGGACUGGAGUCAACUCAGUCCUUUUCAGUUUGUUACCAAUAUCACUGCUGCGAGCUACAAAUGCAACUCUGCAAACUCCAGUUAGAACAGAAAAUGGUUCGAGAGCGAUUUGAAAGGAAAUAAAUUAUUCAAUUUAAUUGCUUCAUUUAUAAUUAAUAUGUAUAUUGGGUUCCAAGAGGUUGUUGGUGCCAGCUCAGCUGGUCUGAGCAUUUCAGAAAUUGCUGAUCUUCAUGGAUUUUACCAUACAGCCAUCACUAGGCCUUAGAGAGAAUUGUCUGAAAAAGAAAGUAAAUAUCCAGUGAACAGCAGUUCUCUGGGUGAAAAUGCCUUGUUGAUAUCAAAGGUUGGAGGAGAAUAACUGCUCGAGGUAUGCAGAAGAGCAUCUCUGUAUGCGCAGCACCUCAAACUUUGAAGCAGAUGGGCUACAGCAGCAGAAAAGAGGACACUGGGUGGCGGGUGCCACUCCUGUCAGAUAAGAUGAGGAAACUGAGGCUAUAAUUCACAAAGGCUCACCAAAGUUGGACUGAAAAAUAUUGUCUGGUCUGUGGAGUCUUGGAUGAUAGGAAAUGGUCAAAAUUUCACAUAAACAUGAAAACAUGGAUCCAUCCUACCUUGUAUCAGUGGUUCAGGCUGGGGUUGUGCUAUGUGGGGGAUAUUUUCUUGGCACACUUUGGGCCUCUUAGUACCAACUGAUCAUCAUUUAAAUACCAAUAUGCUACUGUCCAGGCCAAGCCCCUGUGACCCUACGUUAAAUUGGAUAUACUGUUAAGAAGAUGGAUGGAUGAAUGUAAUUUUUGGCCAGCAAGAACCUGAAGUUACGGAAAGACAAUGUCAGGUACUGAAGCACAAAUGAUGCGGAAGAACAGGAAAAAUUACUGUAGACUGGUUCAGUAUGCCUAGAGGCGGUCAGUAAUAUAUCAGAAGCAUCAUUAAAUAUUUAUAUAAGGCCCACUGUUAAUAAAUACAGGCCUUUAAAAUAAAUUUUCAGAGAGCACAGAAGAUAUUGAAGCAAAGCUAAGUUCAUUUAUACUCACUCAAAAGUUGUUGUUAGUCAUAGAACUGCACAUUAUGAAAAAAAAAAAAUAGUGUAGGUGUAAAUUAUAAUUUUUUCACAAUGGCUCCCUAAAGUAAAUCCUAAAGAAGCUGAAAAAAUUUUAAAUUCCCAUACACAAUGCUAAAAAACUUCUCACAGGAGAUAUUGCAUUCUUCAGGAGUUUUUUUAUUCCCUUUCUCAUCUGCAGCAUUUUGCUCAUUAUAAUUUAUUCAGUCAUCUUGCUGCGCAUUUGCAUCACUUCACUGCAGCCCACUGGUGCUGCCAACGGUUUGAAUUAUUUUUCUCACAAAGUAAAUCAGUCUUUCUGUUGCUGCUUCAUGCAAAGUUGGUAAACACCUCCAGAAUGACUUUUUAAAAUGCAAAUACGUUCCUUUUCCCUGAAGUAUUGCAACACAUCUGUCUGUACAGUAUAUCAUUCCCCUGUAAUAACAUCUUUUAAAGAGGGAAACAGACAGCAAUGUGAAGUGCUCUAAGUAUCAGUGAGCCCCGUGCUUCAAUCUGUGCAAAAUUAGCAAUGAUUUAUGACAAAAGCCAUAAAACUUUUCUUUUAAAAAUAGAUAAUGUUUGCUGUCUGUGUUUGGAAUAACAGAUAAAUGUAAACAAGGGUGAAUGUGAGUGACAGACAGUUCAGUGAAGAGCAGAAGUGUGCACAGAUUUAAGGUCAGUUCUUUAAAUCUCAAGGUUUUCUCAUUCACACCUUGUUGUUGGACAGUUUCAUUCUUCUUAGUCAGGGAGUUGAAAUGUUUACCUCUGAGAUGACAAAGUGGAAUUUGUGGCAGUGAAAAUAAAAUUUGAAAAACUCUGUUUUUAAGGACAAUGGUGAGCUACUAUUAAAUUACUACUGAAGAAGUAAUGGAAACUGAUUGCAGCAUGGCCUGAUUAGUAGUCCUCGCUGAGCCAUGUACACAGUAUAUAUCUACUGUUUGUACCUCUACACUAAGAUACAGUACAGUGCCUGUGGUCACAGUGGGCUUCUUAGUAAAGCUUACAUACUCUUUAGGCCUUUCCAACUGAUUUCUAGGCAUUACAACAGUUGUCAGCUUUGUUGUCACCUUUAACUUGUUUCUGAAUGCACUAUUACACCUUGAGGCACAUAAGUAUGUGAGGAAUGUCUGUGUUAUGACUUGAAGCAUCUGACGUUCACAAUUCCAGGUCAAACACGGGUCGACUGACUGUGAGGAUGCAUCACGAGAUUUACAUGCUUUUAUGUGAAGCCUUGUCAAAUGUUUUAAGCAUUAAUGCAAAGUGAGAAUGGCUUCAAAAAUAAUGCUGUGAGUAUUUAGUGUACAGAGAAAAACAGAUUUGGAUGCACAAGUUUGAAUUUAUUUUUGAUUUUCCGGCUAGAUAUCGCUUUGGUGAUUUCCAGCCAGAAUUAUGCCAGAAGCUUGUUGAUGGCAACCAAAGCUGUGUGACUGGGGUGUAACUUGCUAAGGGACAUUUAACCAAACAUUAAUUGAGUUGCAUGCAUGUAUUUGAACCUGUAUGA